AUGGCAUGGGUUGCUCUUCUUCUUCUUGUCUUCUUCCUUCUAUAUUUGAUCGCUGUUGGACUAGACGUGGUAGUGUCGAUAAGUCAAUCAAAGUCGGCAAGGGUGGCCCAAGACGACACCUACAAUUUCAGCACUGUUGGUAAAGCGAUCACUUUCGUCCCAAACGACACUACUAUUGAAGAGGGUGGCUACUUCGCCAUCUAUGUCAGUGAAGUGCGUAUCGGGAGAAUCGGUGUAUGGGGAUUAGUUCAUCACCUGAGACAUGACCUUCGAGAACACGGCAGGGCCAUGAAGAAGCAGGCUAUGGCGAUGAGGAACAACGCCGACCUCUCCAUCUUCUACCAUUGCAAGUUACUCGGGUACCAGGACACACUCUACGUGCACUCAAACCACCAAUUCUAUUGCGACUACGAGGUAUACGACACCGUUGACUUCAUCUUCGGCGAUGCCUCCCCAUGUUCCAGAAUUGCCACAUCUACGCAUGUUUACUGCUCGAGGGGCAAUGAAAGUGGUGACGACACAGGGUCGCACUCUCUACAAUGGGAGCACCGGCUUCUCCAGCCACAAUUGCACAAUCGGGGUGGCGUCGGAGCUGGUUACGACGAACUACUCAGUGAAGACCUUCCUGGGGCACCCAUGGAAGGGGUUCUCGAGGACGGUGUACAUGUAGUGUACGUCGAGAGGAUGGUGGAGGCAGUAGGGUGGAUGACAUGGAAUGAUAGUUUCGCAUUGAGCACGCUCUACUACGGCGAAUACCAAAAUUAUGCACCGAGCGCAACAAAGAGUGGAAGGGUGCAGUGGCUGGGCUAUAGACUAAUGAACAUGACGAAUGCUUACAAGUUCACUGUGAAUAAUUUUAUAACGGGGGAGGGUGUUGUUCUUCUUCUUGCCUUCUUCCUUCUAUGUUUGAUCGUCAUUGGAUUCAAAGUGGUGGUGCUGAUAAGUCAAUCGAAGUCGGUGAGGAUGGCCCAAGAUGACACCGACAACUUCAUCACUGUUGGGGAAGCGAUCACUUUAAUCCCUAACGACAUUACUGUUGAAGAGGGCGGCUAA